AUGGCUAAGUCAACGUACAAGAUGUGGGUAGGAGGAUGCGAAAAGGACGGCAGGGCGGAGCAACUCCCCAUUGAGGACCCCGCGACAGGAGAGAUCUUUGCGUACUGCCAUGCGGCAUCCGCCGAGGACAUCGACGGAGUCGUCAAACACGCCCACGAAGUUUUCCAGUCGGGCGUCUGGUCCAAAGCUCCGCGGCACGUGCGCGCGGACGCGCUGGAGAGGGUCGCGAAUCUGCUUACGAAGAAUCUCCCACGGCUGAUCGAACUCGAAGUCCGCCAGACGGGGCGUGCGAUCCGCGAGAUGAAUGCGCAGGUUCCGACGCUGGUGAAGUGGUUUAAGUACUACGCCGCGCUGGCCCGCACCGAGGAGCGCGCGGUGCUGCCCACGAUGGGCAAGCUGCACAACUGGAUUGAUCGCGUGCCGCUGGGUGUCGUCGCGCAGAUCACUCCGUUUAAUCAUCCGCUGUUGAUUGCGGUGAAGAAGAUUGCUCCUGCGCUGGCGGCGGGGAAUUGCGUGGUGCUGAAGCCGAGCGAGCUUACGCCGUUGACGAGCUUGGAGUUUGGGGAGUUGAUGCAGGAGGCGGGCGUGCCGGAUGGUGUGUUUAGUGUUGUGCCGGGCGAUGGGGCGACGACGGGGAAGGCGCUGGUGAGUCAUCCGUUGAUCAAGAAGGUGGAUGUUACGGGGGGCACGCCGGCCGGCCGGGCUAUUGGGGCGAUUGCGGGUGCUAAUCUUGCGCAUUUUACGGCGGAGCUCGGUGGUAAGGCACCGCUCAUCGUGUUCGAGAAGGCGGAUAUCGACGCCGCCGUUAACGGGAUUGUGUUCGGGAGCUUCAUCGCGAGCGGGCAGACGUGUGUGGCUGCUACGAGGAUCAUCGUGCAGAACAGCAUUCUUGAAGACGUCCUCAAGAGACUGAAGGGCAAGGCGCAGAGCAUCGAGCGCCGUAUGGGGUCGCCCAAGAACCCGGACUCCAUGAUGGGUCCGCUCAUCUCCGCGAAGCAGCUCGUCAACGUACGCACCCUCGUCGACGACGCGGUGGAUGCCGGCGUAACAGUCGUUACGGGCGGGCAACGCAUGAUUGGCACAUCCUCCCUCGACGGCGCGGAUUUCUCCAAGGGUUACUUCUAUCCGCCUACCAUCUUGACCGACAACACCGAUAAGAAGAUAGUGGAUACAAGGAUCUGGCGGGAAGAAGCAUUUGGCCCAGUCAUCGUAGUAGUAGGAUUUGACACAGAAGAAGAGGCGUUGCGGUUAGCAAACGACAGUGAGUUCGGGCUUGGGGCGGCGAUUUGGACCCAGGACUUGAGCCAGGCGUAUAGAGUCAGCGAGGCGAUCGAGGCGGGGAUCUGCUGGGUGAAUACGCAUCACCGGAAUGACCCGAGUAGCCCGUGGGGCGGGAUCAAGAGCUCUGGCGUGGGGAGCGAGAACGGCGUUGAUGCGUACCGCGCGUAUACGACGACGAAGAGCACAAUUAUCAACUAUGCACCUACGGAGGAGGCGCUUGCGAGCGAUGACUGGUUCAGAGAGGGCGCGGGCGAGGUGAGGUAUGGGUAG